AGGUUGCAUGGACAUAUUUCGAAGGAAAAUAAAAUAUAGUAGACAUUGAACGUAUAUAUUAACUUAACUUAAAACAUUAAAGUUAUAAAUUAAGUUUAUUUUUUACUAAAUUAGUAAAUAUAAAAAAGUAAUUAAUUUGAUUUAUUACUGGGUAGAACUUGAGUAGAAAAACUUGUUUGUGUGUAGAGCCUAAGAAACAUACCAAUAAGUAAAAUCUAACUCGUUAGCUGUACGUGAUUAAUGUUUUUAAAGUGGAGCUAAAGUGUUAUUUGAAGUGUUGUGUUCACGAUAUUUUAAUUUAAAUAUUAUAUGAAAAGUUCUUUGUUUUGUUUUUAACAUGCAAAUGUUUUGCAUGUUUUGGAUAAAAUUUUAAGUUUCAUUUAUGCUUUCAAGUUUUAUGUUUAUACCACUGGUAAUGCUUGUAUCUUUCCAAAAUUUGCCCCAAAACUUAACGAAAAAAAUUAAUUUACGUAUUGCAAGGGUGUUAUUUCUUCAUGGAAAAUUAACGUUUUUUAUGAUACUGGUUUGUGAGGCAGCAAUUGUAAAUACUGAUCAAGAUAUCAAAACUCCCAUAUCAGAUAAUGAUAAACCUGGAAUUUUGUGGUGGACUGGACGUCUGUUUCCACAUUUUGAAGAAGAUGAGAAAAUCAUAUCUUGUCCUAAAGGACAGUGUCUGUCUACAAAACUGAGAAAUAAAAAAGAUGAUGCUAGUACUCGAGGUUUUAUAUUUUAUGGAACAGAUUUGGAAAUUGAAGACAUGCCACUUCCUCGGAAAAGUUACCAUCAGUGGGCAUUAAUGCAUGAAGAAUCACCAAUGAAUAACUUUUUGUUUUCUCACAAUAUUGCAAUUAGUUUAUUUAACUACACUGCUACUUUCAGAAGAGAAUCAGACUAUCCUUUAACAACUCAAUUUAUUCCAUCUAUUAGUUAUUUAACAGAAAGAAAACCCAUACCUUUGUCUGUGAAAAACCAGCUGCGGAAAAAUGGACUGUCUGCUGUUCUGUAUGUGCAGUCACAUUGUGGGGUUGCUUCAGAUAGGGAUCGGUAUGUAAAAGAAUUAUCACAAUACAUCAGUAUUGAUUCAUAUGGUACUUGUCUUCAAAAUAAGGAGUUACCCACUUCUCUUGCUGACUCAGAAAUGUUUGAAAAUGAAGAGUUUUAUAAGUUUAUUUCCAAGUACAAAUUUCAUUUAGCUUUUGAAAAUGCAAUAUGUGAUGACUACAUGACUGAAAAGCUCUUCAGGCCACUUCAUGUUGGUUCUGUUCCUAUUUAUAAAGGAUCUCAUAAAGUGAAAGAUUGGAUUCCAUCAGACCCAUCUGUGAUAGUUGUAGAUGAUUUUGAGAGCCCUGCAGAGUUAGCGAAGUUCAUCCAGUAUCUGGAUGAAAAUGAUGAAGAAUACUCAAGGUAUCUGAAAUUCAAAAGUAGCGAAGGUGUAACAAAUAAGUUACUUCUGGAGGUACUUUUUCAUCGACCAUGGGGUGUUAAUGAUCCUGAUAAAAUAGAUUUUAUUGAAGGUUUUGAAUGUUUUGUGUGUGAUAAAGUGUUAGAACACCUUCACUUUGAAAAGAAAAAAAUAAAUAAUAAUACAACAGAAGCUCUCCUACCAAAGAUGGGCUCGAAAGAUCAUAUGGGUUGCCCUCAACCUCAUGUAUCUCUGGGUACAGAUAGCAAUUUACCAGCCACUGAUGAGUGGAAACAGUAUUAUUGGGUUGAUAGUUUCUGGUAUGCUUAUGAUCUUGGUAGAGCAUUAGAUGCAAUGAUUCGCAAUGGAGAGAACAGUUCAUCUCACAUUCACACAUAUGCUAUGAAAAUGAGGUACCGGCAUUAGUCUUCAGAACCAGUUGGAGUGCAAGUGGUAUUGCAGCUCAUAUGUUGUAUGUAGAGCUAGGUGAUUAAUUUGAUUAGUUGAUAUAAUUGAUUACCUAUGAGCAUCAAUAAAAUUGAUUAGUGUCCCAUAAAAUAAUCUGUUAAGUAAAAUUAUGAUUAAAUAAAUUAAUAUCACAAAAAUAAUAACUGGUUAUUGCAUUUGCAAUUAAUCCAGCUAUCUAGUAAUUGAAAUUGCAGUUAAAUCAAUUAUCACAAAAAUAAUCAAAUAAUCAAAAUUAGUGUUUUUGAUUAUUACAGUUAUCCAGUAACCAAAAUUAUGUUUAAGUUGAUCAAUGCCACAAAAAUACUCAACUAACCAAAUGUAGGAUUUCCAUUUAUUACUAUUUUUAAUUAUUCCAACUGUCCAAUGAUUGAAAUAUUAUCAUUGUGCUUGUUUGUAGUGAAACACAGAAGUAUACAAUGGAUAAUUUGUGCUGUGCCAACUGUGGGCAACCAAAUCUGAUUUUUAGCAUUAUAACUUGUUAUUUUUUUGUCACCUUUCAACAAACUAAAACAAAACACUGCUACAACCAGGGUUGAACAAAAACAACAACAGAAAUCCAAAAUAAAACUUUCAAACAAUUGGAAUACAAAUUUAAUCACUUACAAGAAAACAGUUACUGAAUCCAUGCUUGGCCAGAACUUCAUACAAGUGUUAGUUAACAUUAGAACAUGAAAAUAUUUUGUUAUUAAUUUCAAUAAAUAUAGGAAUUAAGAAAAAGAAACACAAAAAGGAAAAACCUUAUUCCAAACAUAUACCACUUCCAAGAUCAAUAACAGUAUUGAGCAACAAUCAGUUUUAAUUCAUUCUAACUAUAUCUUGUGAACUAAUUCGUUUUAAUAUCAAGAAAGGAUUUUUAUUUAGUAGUUAGACCACGAGGCUACAUCUCAUGUGACUAACUAAUUUACAUAAUCUUUCACAACAUUAAUAUCUGUAUGUUACUGCUAGGUGGAACUUGUGUCAGUUUCAUGGUACACACAUACUCAAAUUGAAUAUGCUGUAGCUAGAAAGUGAGUUAGCACUUUAAUAUAACUAAAAAUUGGUAGUUGAACUAAAUAAUAGAAGGAAUAAUAAAAUUAAGGGUAAACAAGACCAUAACAAAAAUAGAUUUUGCUAUCUCACACUCCAUUCCAGAAAAUAUAGCAGGCUUUAUGUGAAUCCCCUGUCUUGCAACUUUCAAAAAAAGGUGAACACUAUUUUUUGCAUACAGAUGCCUCAGAUGUUAGUUCUGUGUCAGAAGGGUGUCAUAGCAUAUGCUAGUAGAAUACUGAACUCUGGAGAAAGAAACUGUACAACUACUGAUUUAGAAUGUUUAGCUGUAGUCUGGGCUGCAGAAGGAAUAAUAAAUGAACAGUUAACAAAACUGUAACAAAAUAAAAAUAGAAUUUGCUAUCUCACAACCUCACUUAAGAACAAAUUUUUUUAUAGCCACUUCAUGAGAAUAAUUGAUUAGUUGAAUAUAGUUGAUAAAAGAGCCCAGUGAUUAAUUGUAACGUGUUCCACAAAUUUCCCAGCUUUAGUUGUGUGGUAAGAUGCUCACAUAUGUUACCCUGAAAGUUAAAUUUGGGUAUUUUUUGAUGGAUCAAAUAUUUUUGUGCUAUCUAAACUUUUUUUUAUUAUUUACUUAAAAGUUUUCAGUUAUUUCUGGAUAAGACAACAAUCUUAUUGAUUAGUCACUUAACUGGAAAUCAUGCUGUCUAUAUUUUCAUUUUUGAUGACUCAAGAGUUGUUACACAAAAGAGCACUAAACUUAGUGCAUUGUCUUUCACAUGCUUAUCGAUCCCUGAAACAGUAUUAAGAAGUAAAUUCAAGUAAAAAUUAAAAUGUAAUAAAGGUAUAAAAUGUUUCCAAAAUUAAGAUACUUUAUGGUAAAAUAUCUUGGCUGAGUACUUGAUGAAUAAAAAAUAACAAAGGUAUAGUAAAUUUAACACAAUUAUUUACUUUCAACUUUUUGUGCAGUAACAUUUACUGCAUAAAUACUAAAGGUUAAAGUCUGGAAUUAUAGUUUAGUACUUUUAGGGGUAACUUAUCCAUUAAAUCCAAGCCACUGUUAAAAAUAGAGACUCAAUAAAAAAUGACUACCAACUCAAGUUUGCAUUCAUACUUCAUUGUGAUUGCUUUAUAUAAAGUUUCAGCUUCAAACUACUAAACCGAUAAUGUUACUAAUAUAAAUAAUAUUUUAUGUUCAUGGGAUAAGACUGUUUUCGAAACUUUAAAUAGCGGCACCCCUAACUCAGCAAAGUUUCUGUUGUGCCCCUCACAAUGAAAUAAUUUUUGCAUGUGAAAGCAGCAAAAUCAACAUUUUCUUUACCUGUUUUUAUAAAUUGUUUGAAAUGAAGAAAUGCUUGUAAGGAAUGAGUAAAUGUGAAAGCAAGAAAAAAAAUUUUGAGAGAAAAGUGAUAGUUUUGUUAGAUUAUAGUAAUCUCCAAGUCUUCUGUUUGUUUUUGUCAUUAUUUUUGGGUUCUCCCGCCAAAAGGCCAUAAUAUAACAGUGUUUUGGGACAACAUGGGACCUAUUGGUCCAUCUCGGCCAUUCCAUCCUCUAAACUAAAUUCAAAUAAU